GCCCCCGUAGGGUCAAUGGAAGGGUACAACACAUCCUCUACAGACUUCACCUUCCUGGGGCUGUUCACCGGACAGGAAACCUCAGGUCUCCUCUUUGUCACCAUCUCCAUCAUCUUCCUCACUGCACUGAUGGCCAACGGGAUGAUGAUCUUUCUGAUCCACACUGAUUUACACCUCCACACCCCCAUGUACUUCCUCCUCAGCCACCUUUCCUUAAUCGACAUGCUGUAUAUCUCCACCAUUGUGCCAAAGAUGUUGGUGGACUAUCUGCUGGGCCAGAGAACCAUUUCUUUCAUGGGGUGCACAGCGCAGCACUUCCUCUACCUCACCCUCGUGGGGGCCGAGUUCUUCCUGCUGGGUCUCAUGGCCUACGACCGCUAUGUGGCCAUCUGCCACCCCCUGAGAUACCCUGUCCUCAUGAGCCGCCGCGUGUGUUGGAUGAUCAUCGCAGGCUCCUGGUUUGGGGGCUCUCUGGAUGGCUUCCUCCUCACACCCAUCACCAUGAGCUUUCCCUUCUGUAGCUCCCGGGAAAUUCAUCAUUUCUUCUGCGAGGCACCUGCUGUGCUGAGCUUGGCCUGCGCAGACAUAGCCCUGUAUGAGACAGUGAUGUACGUGUGCUGCGUGUUGAUGCUGCUCAUCCCCUUCUCUGUGGUGAUUGCUUCGUAUGCCCGAAUCCUGACCACUGUCCACCACAUGAGCUCUCUGGAGGGGAGGAAGAAGGCAUUUGCCACCUGCUCAUCCCACAUGCUCGUGGUGACCCUCUUCUACGGGGCUGCCAUGUACACCUACAUGCUGCCACACUCUUACCACACGCCGUCCCAGGACAAGGUCUUCUCUGUGUUCUACACCAUCCUCACGCCCAUGCUGAACCCACUCAUCUACAGUCUGAGGAACAAGGAUGUAGCUGGGGCGCUGAGGAGGGCCCUGGGGAGGCUCAGGUCUUCCCAGAGAGUGUCUGGAGAGGCUUUCUGA